CCCGGAUUCUCCAAUUUUCGAAAACAAACAUUAUCGUUUGAUUACUAUCCGUUUCGCUCCAUUUAGAAGACAUAUAUCCAAAAAGUGAUGAAAGAAGCAAAAUAUUAUUUACAAAAACAGAAAAACACAGACUUUUUUAAACAAGAAUCAACACAUUUUGUUUGCUCUCCAAAGUGGGAGGAUACUUCAAAUAGCCAACACCAUGGGAACGAGUGGAAGCAAGAUGCGCACAUGUGGUUUUUCUUGCUGUAGUAAACAGGAGGAGAAAUAUAAACAGUCAAUUCCUCAUGAAGAUCAAACAUCCUCGUCUGGGGAGCUGGCAAUCACUGCUAGACAAAGAAAAGCAUCCGUGGAAGAGUCUACAUUAUCUGGUCCUGAUGUAACAAAUCCCAGAGAAAAGCACAGACAGGAGGAUGCUAUUAGUGACCAAGAAAUCUCCGCAAAAGGUGUUCAAGUGAUAGAAUAUGUAGAGUCGAUUAACAUCAUACAUAAUCAUAGGAAGACUACAUACAACAACAUCACUGUACCAGUGCCAAAGAAGCCACCAUCUCCUAAACGCAAAGAUAAGUCAGGAGUACAGAAGUUGGGAGGUGGAGAUAAAUUCAGGAAAGCAGAUGAUGACAAUCUACCAACCCGUGCUGUUGAUAUGUUGGCCAAAGCUCAAAAGUCAGUUGGUAUCAUCCGUGGGCCAGGAAAUUUACAGGGUACUGGUUUCCUUCUAAAGGAAAACCUAGUGAUGACAGCAGCUCACGUGGUCAAAGAUGCCAAAUAUGGGAAUCCUACCAAGGUUAAAGAUCUAUCUAUACAGUUUAGUUAUCAGCAGCAAGCAGAUAUUGCAAACCGUGACACUUUGUUCAAACUAGCACCUGAAAUUGAAUAUGAAAAUCUGGAUAUGGAUUUUAUCAUCUUGAAGAUAAGUAGUGAAGAAGACAUUGAAAGAAAGAGUUCUUUCCUUCCCGAUCCUUUUGAGCACUUUAGUGACGUGCAGCCAUCUAUGAAAGGUCACAUGAUUGGCCAUCCAGGUGGAAAUCCACAAGUGUUAGACCCAAAUAUAAAACUAUAUGAACUUACUGAUGAAAUGUUUCAUCAAGCAAAGCAGUGGAGCGAAUUACAUUAUGGUGUAAAUGGAUACAAUGGGGUCCAAGACAAGAAAAAAAUUCUAUUUCAUUGUAGAUUUGAUCAUGGUGCAUCUGGCAGUCCUGGUGUUUAUGCUGAUACAACCAAGGAAUAUUGUGAAGUAGUUUGGAUGUUGCUUGAAGGAUAUCCUGGAUUUUAUUACACAGAUCUUAGUUCCGAGAGGAAGUUAGAAAUUUCAAAUGAUUUCCUUAUUGAGCAGGGAAUUACAAUGAAAUCCAUCUGGAAUGACAUGUUCAACAAAAAAAAAGAUUUAUAUCGGAAGAUUUUCAGCCAUCGUGAUAAAACAUUUGCUUUAGUGUCCUGAAAACCAACCUACAUCUGUCAUGUCUGUUUGAAACUAGGAAGAACUUGCUUGCCCCACUUUGAUAAUAUUCGGAUUUCUAAAAUAUCGAUAAAACAAUUAUAUGAUGUUAGACAUAGAAUGAAAUUUGAAACAGCUUAAACCUUUAACCCUGAGAAAGGAAAAACAGUAACAGCAGCCUAGCUACAAUGUAGUAUUACACAUGAAAUUAAAUACUGAUAUAAACUGAUGACUAAGUUUUGUGCACCUUGAAACUGUGAUGAUAGAAUAAUGAUCUUAGAUAUAGCGCUAGGAUACCUACUGGCUGAUAGGGCACACAAUAGUAAUGUGCCUCCAUUAUGUCAGUCGUAACAUGAAGAGCUAAAUGACUUAGUUCAAUAUUUGUGUUAAAAUGUGUGUGUGUGUGUGUGUGUGUGUGUGUGUGCGUGUGUGUGUGUGUGUGCGUGCGUGCGUGCGUGCGUGCGUGCGUGCGUGCGUGCGUGCGUGCGUGUAACACAACUUACGAAGGAAGAUAACUUUUGACUUACUACAGCAUCUAAUCGCCUAGCCAAGUAAUUCUACAACUGCUUAACCAUUACACCACCACACCACAUCCCUAACAAAGGAUGUUUUGAAGUUAUCACAAAAGAAUAUCACAAGACAGUUGGAAAUUCUCCACAUGAUCAUAGUGGCUAAUUGUCUAUUAUGUGAUGUGUAUACCUCAAAUUCUAAUUCUUCAUUCCUUUCAUCGUCAUCAUUUCUUUAUUUCCUCCAAAAAUUGAAGAGUAAUUACAAUGAUAAAUAUGAUAAAUUUAAGUGUAAAUUAAAGAAAAAAAGUGCAAGAAUAUAUGUAUAUAAAUAUUGAACAAUGAAUGUGAAUAACCAAUCCAUCAGUAAUGAAGAUUUCUAACAGAACACAUCAAACAUUAGAUACGAGAUAGCCUUUACUGAAAAGUCAUGUUGUAGGCCUUUUCAGAAAA